CCCACCUCACCACUACCACCACCACCUUUCCUCUCCAAUUCCGCCACUCAACCCCAAUCUACAACCUACAAAAUGCCCUCCCCCGACACAGAAACGGGAACCACCCGCAUCCUGCUCCUCAAAACCAAAUCCGUCCCUCACGACGGGUACGACGAAUACUUCACCACCACCACCACCACCACCACCACCCCAGCUCCCACCACAACCGCAACCACAACCACUCCAACCUUCAUCCCUGUCCUCUCGCACAACUUCCAUACCCCAAACCUACAGACCGUGCGCGACCUCUUCACAUCAAACAAUGGGUUCCUGGGACCGCCAGAAAACAGAAAAUACGGGGGGUUGAUCUUCACGAGCCAGCGCGCGGUGGAGGGGUUCGCGGAUGUGGUGGGGGGGGUUGUUGAUGAGAAAAUCAAGCGCGAAUUCGCCCUCCCCCUAUACACCGUCGGUCCCGCAACGCACCGCUCCCUCUCCACCCUGACAACGAAACACCUCCCCCACGCAACAAUCCACGGCCAAGAGACGGGCAACGGGGGCGCAUUGGCCGAGUUUAUUCUCCAGCAUUAUAACGGUCUCUACUCUGACACGAUCACAACCACAACCGCACCCACACCCAACACCACCGAUCCCGACGCGAAUACCCAGCCAGAAACCCAAGCGCAGAAAGCCCUGAAACCCCCCCUCCUCUUCCUCGUCGGCGAACAACGCCGCGAUAUCAUCCCCAAAACGCUCACCAACCCCUCCCUACCCCCGCAUACGCGGAUCGGGGUCGACGAGCUAGUAGUCUACGAGACAGGCGUGAUGGAGGGGUUUGAGGAGAGUUUUUCCCAGAUCAUCGCGACGGAAAGAGAAAUAAUGCGGGAUAGCGCACCCGAGAAGCAGAAUGAGGGGAGGGUGGUCUGGGUGGUGGUGUUUUCGCCGACGGGGUGUGAGGGGAUGGUUGGGGUUUUGAGAGAGAAUAAUUAUAUGGAUGGGGAGGAUGGGGGGAGGAGGAGGAGGUUCUUUGUGGCGACGAUUGGGCCGACGACGAGGGAUCAUCUUCGCAAUGAGUUUGGGUUCGAGGCGGAUGUUUGUGCUGAGAGGCCUAGUCCGGAGGGGGUAGGGGAGGGGAUUCGGAGGUUUAUGGAGGGACGUGGCUAG